UUUUUAUUUUUCUUUUCAACUUUGGAAAAAAAAUAAAUCAAAAACUAUAUAUGUAAUAGGCAUGUCUUUCGUUCCUGAAAUUGAAGAUAUUUAUAAUGAGAAAUUCAAACAGUUGGUGGAAAUCCAAGACUCGCAAAAGGUGGAUAUCACAAAAGCUCAUAAUCAAAUUCGGAGUGAAUUAAGUCAUCAACCAGACAGUCCGGAUGACAUUUGGAUAUUCGGUUAUGGCUCAUUAAUAUGGAAAGUGGAUUUUCCUUGUAUUGAUUGGCAACGUGGUUACAUUUGUGGCUACUUAAGACGCUUUUACCAACACAGUAUUGAUCACAGGGGUGUUAAAGUAAAGCCUGGACGUGUUGUAACACUAAUACCGGCCAAACCCGAAGAUCGCGUUUAUGGGGUUGCAUAUCGUGUGGCAGCCAAGGAUAAAGAUGUUGUUAUUAAACAUUUAGAUUUUCGGGAGAAAAAUGGUUAUGAACGUUGUAGUGUACCAUUUCAUGUGUUUUCCGAAGAACCCAACAAAAAGUGUAUAGAUAUAGUUAUCUAUAUAGCAACACCUGAAAACGAGUCCUGGGCUGGCAGUGAAGAAGAUAGUAAAAUUGAUAAAAUAGCUGAACAAAUUUUUAGCUCGGCUGGGCCAAGUGGUAGGAAUCGUGACUAUUUAUUUAAUUUGAGCUUAGCCAUGCUCAAUCUGUUUCCCGGCGUUCAUGAUGACCACUUAGUGGAAUUAGAGGCUGCAGUGAGAGCACGAAUAGAAAAAGAUGAAGUAAAACUCUUGGAAAAGGCUAUCAAAAAUGAACUAGCCACUUGUAUGCAAUAUAUUCAACAGGAGACAUCAAAGGAUACUAACGGCUGUAAUAUAACAAAGACCUCCUACACAUUGUUUACUAUUAAAGUCGAUCAUUUAGUAAAGUUUUGUUCGAAAAUUGGUUGGCGCGAAUAUUUUCUUACUAAAGAACUUUAUUCUAUACAUUCCUUAAAUUUAUGGGGCGAUGAGGAUCGAAGACAAUCGUAAUUUGAAAUAAAA